AUGCCGUCAAAGCCGAAGCGUCUCCAGGAUUUCGCCUCCGACUUGGAGACCGCAGUGAACGCUGUGCUCCCCUCUCCAGAAAACAAGUACAAGAAAGUGUCUGUUUUCGCCUUCCAUUGGGAGAAUGACACGAUGGGCGUCGAAACCCUGGAGAUGGAGCUACUGGAAGUUUUCAAGAGCGUCUACAACUACAGUACUGACCGCUUCGUCAUCCCAACCAAAUCCCCCCGGUUCUCUCUCGCUUCGGAGAUAAACAGUUGGUCUGGCCAGCAUGCAGGCAAGGAUACCGUGCGUAUUUAUAUCUACUCUGGCCAUGCAGGCCCUUCAGGAAGCAGCAGCAGCGCCUGGCAUCUAGCAGGAGAGUCAAGCAGCUGGGGACAGCUAGUUGGCCCCACGGUCGACUGGCGGGUUGUACGUGUGCCAGUAGAGGAUCUAGAGGGAGAUAUCUGCUACAUAUUUGACUACUGUUCAGCGGGAUCAGUGGCUAUGCACGACGGUCCGGAGACUAUCGCUGCCAUCGGCUGGGAGGAAGCAGCCGGCGCGCGUUUUGAAACCUCCUUCACUAGAGCCUUAGUCAAUACGCUGCGGGAAUUGAAUGGCCGCCAUGAAACACUUGCUGCUAUAUACGCCAGACUCUUUCGGGACGCCUUUAAGAGCCAAGUCGCCGCUGUGCCGGUUCACGUCCCUAAAAGAGGAGCCCCGAGUAUCACCUUCGCCCCGUGUUCAGACAUCUCCCGGCCAGUCACAAGAAGAAUGGCGACUGGACUGCAUCACAGCACAGAUUAUAGAGUGCUACUCAGCGUUCAUAUCCGUGGCCAUAUCAACGAGGCGGAUCUGGAGCAUAACAAUCUUCCUUCUGGCGUAAAAAUUGAAUCCGUUUUUCGAGGCUUUGGCAUAAUCCUCUUUACAGUUCCAGUUGAGAUGUGGACGAUGUUGUCCGCCGAAGACUCUUCCUUUCGGUUUCUUGCCCAUGUUACUUAA